GCUGCUGCUAGAAAGACUCGGGCCGGGCUCCAGCUGCGACGCCGCGGGAUUUACGAGGCGGCUGUGCAAGGGGAGCCCGCCGGCUGAGCAGACGGAGGGACUCCAUGGCGUGGCGUGGGCUCCUGCGCGGCCGCGGCACCGACAGCUCCUCCGCCACGGCUGGUAGCGGCGCUGGGUUCCCCUGAGAGGCGCUUUGCCGCCUUCUUCCCUCACGGCCGGGAACGGGCUCCUUCGCCUCGACGCCGUUCGUCGGAGUGGGCCGGAGAGCGCGCGAGCGAGCGGAAGAGAAGAGGUGCCACCGCGGGGCCUCCGUAGUCUGUCUCCCACACGGGCGGGCGUGCCGGGCUCUGGACUAGGUGGCGGCGGCGGCGGCAUUAUUUCUGCCUCUAUGAUGAAGUUCAAGCCAAACCAGACGCGGACCUACGACCGGGAGGGCUUCAAAAAGCGGGCGGCGUGCUUGUGCUUCCGCAGUGAGAGGGAGGACGAGGUGCUAUUAGUAAGCAGUAGCCGGUAUCCAGAUCAGUGGAUUGUUCCAGGUGGAGGAAUGGAACCAGAAGAGGAACCAGGUGGUGCUGCUGUCAGAGAAGUCUAUGAAGAGGCUGGAGUGAAGGGAAAACUAGGCAGAUUGCUGGGCAUAUUUGAGCAGAAUCAAGAUCGGAAGCAUAGGACUUAUGUUUAUGUUCUUACUGUGACCGAAAUCCUGGAAGACUGGGAAGAUUCGGUUAAUAUAGGAAGGAAGAGAGAAUGGUUUAAAGUAGAGGAUGCAAUCAAGGUCCUUCAGUGUCACAAGCCUGUACAUGCAGAGUACUUGGAAAAAUUGAAACUGGGGUGUUCACCAACCAAUGGAAAUUCUGUUGUCUCUUCCCAUCCUGAUAACAACUCUCUAUAUGUUACUUCAGCACAGACUUCUGGAUUGCCCUCUACUGUAAGAUAAAAUCCUGAAUUAGUUUUUUGUUCACCAUCGCAAGGGGAGAUGUUUUAGUGGUCAUGUGCUAUGGGUAUAGUCAUCAAAAUCCUGAGUGUGUGAACAGUUUCUGUUCAAACAUACACCUUUUUCUUUUUUAGCAACGUGUAAUUUUUCAGCAAACCAAAGCCAUACAGGGAUUUUUAAAAGAUGCCUUAAAUGGCCCUCUUUGUGGGGUUUUUAAAGCAUAGAUAACUUAAGUAUCUAAUUAAACAGUGAAUGUGUAACUUGGCAUUUGAGUUUCGCUUAAUUUUGUUUCUUAAAUUUCCUAAAAAUCAAAAAUAGUUUGGGGAACUUUGCUUUAGAAUACUUGUCCUUAUUUCCCUACUUCAGAAUAAAAUUAACUGGGGGAGUUAAAAGGCAGUGGAAACCAACAAAAAGUGCCUUCAAUGUCAAACUUCCUCCUUCAAAGUAUUUCACAUAAAUCCUAACCAGAGCAGUGCCAGCUUGUCUGUUGUUGCCAAUCCUUCAAACUGCUCUUGCUUAGUUAUUUAGCCAAACAAGUAGAUUAAAAACAAUAGGCAAAUAU